AUGAAGCGGCUACAGAAGGUGGCAGGACUCAGAGAAUUACCCAAGCCUCAGGACUAUUUCCAUUUGAUGGGUGGCACAAGUCGCAUGGGUAUGUCGACUGAGGAAGCCAUCAACGCAUACGAAAGUUUUGCAAAGGACGUUUUUCGAAAGAAGAACCGCAGGCGGUGGUGGAACAGAACUUAUAAAGAGGAAACACUCGUCAAGAUCAUACAAGGCAAUGUAACCAAGAAGAAGCUCGCAAAGACCACGAUGCUCGACGACACGAGGGAAAGGGGGCUCGCUUUUGUCUGCGCAGCCACAUAUGACGCCUACGAAGCCUACCUCUUCCGAACGUACAAAGGGAGCAGCAACUGCGCUCACAAUGUGGAAAUUUGGGAGGCGGCAAGGGCAACAUCAGCGGCACCGACAUUUUUCCACCCAAUCUCCAUCGAAGUCGAGGCGGAGAGGGACCAGUACGUCGACGGUGCCGUGACCUGCAACAACCCGGCUCGCCUUGUGUUGAGUGAAGCCGAGUCCUACUUCGUCGUGGCCAGGCAAGGCAGCGGCGCACUCUUCUCAAGAGGCACGAUAAAGAUUCUCAAGCAUGCCAAAGCAUCGCUGACUGAUUCCGAGCCUGAGCACCAAGCCCUAGAGCAACGGUUCCAGAAAACACACUACGCAUAUUGGCGGUUGAAUUUGGACCGGGGUGCUGCAGAUAUCAAGCUGAAUGAAUAUAAGAAAAUGGGGUUGUUGCGGGCGGCAACGGAGAGGUACUUACAGGACAUUGAAGUCUCUACCAACAUCGACAAGAUCGUCAGCAUGUUGCACAAGAAGGAGGGCGUCGACCUAUCUCUUGAUGCCGCAUGUCAUGCAGUUUCUGACGCAGCCUCGAAGCAAGCCCUUCAGCAAGAGGUUCAGAUCAACAGUAUUGCAAGCCCGCAAUUCACUGGCAGAUUAGACAUACUCAACAAGAUGGAACGACACUUUUACGAACGCCCUUCCGGAUCGUCGCCUAGAAGACACCUCCGAAUUUGGGGUAUGGGUGGAAUUGGGAAGACGCAAAUUGCCCUCAAAUUUAGAGACUUAUUUGAUCGGGUGUUUUGGAUUAACGCCGCCACGAAAGAUUCUAUCUUUGAGAGCUUCAGAUUGUUAACAGCUGAGAUUUUCGACGAAGAAGCUGGCAAGCCUAACAUCAAGAGAGUCCAGAAUUGGUUGGCGCAAAAUCAAACUGAAGAGUGGCUUCUUGUCUUCGACAACAACGACACAAUCGACGUGAGCAAUUAUCUCCCUCCGGGAAACACUGGGAAUAUCCUUUUCACCAGCAGACGGAAAGACAUGUCACCUAUCCUGGACGCCAACCAAACAAUCCCUGUCGACAUCAUGGAUGCAGAAGAUGCAGUCACACUAUUCCUCCGCGCGUCGCAAAGGCAACAGGCAAAGUCAGAAGAUGAUGAUGACGAGAAGUACGGGAAGGCAAUCGUUCACGAGCUUGGAUAUCUCCCCUUGGCCAUCGAUCAGGCCGGUUCUUUCGUUUAUAUUCAAGAGUGCUCAUUCAAAGACUACCUCAACAACUUCCAGAGACGCCGAAAAGACAUACUAGGGGACCCGCCUCUGUACCCAGGAGUGUUCGAGCACAACCCAGCUGUCUACGGUACAUUCGAGCUUUCCUAUGAUGCAUUGAAAAUGCAGUCAGUGGGAAAAGGUCGGAAGGGCCAGGCUGCUCUGAAUGCUCUUCGCAUCCUCAACAUCUUCUGCUUCUACCACAAUGAGAACAUAACGACGUAUAUCCUCAGUAGAGCAGCCACCAAUAAACAGAUGGAGACGACUUUCAUAAGCGGUGAAGAGGGAAGCAUCGCGCCGCUUCCAUUGCUCGACCUCACAGAAGAAGGUGACUGGGAUUCGACAAAUUUCAAUGACGGGAUUGCGAUGUUGAGGAGUUACUCUUUGAUCAAGAACUCUCUCCUGUACGAUGAGUCGUACUCUAUGCAUGUUUUGGUGCACUCUUGGGCUAGAGACCGAAUGAAGCCAGAAAUGCUGGUCUUCCAACGUAGAGCAGCCCGCGAGAUACUCUUCUUUUCCGUCGGGAGAAACAAUCGCCUCAUCGAAGAGCUCUUUGCCAGCCAGGUGCUGACACAUAUGCAGGCAUGUCUCGACCAAGGAGGCUCGGAGGAUAUCGAAUGGAUGAGACGAACGGAGCAAGAAGGCAAAUUCGCCCAAACACUUGCGUACCUGGGACUUUGGGACAAGGCCACCGCAGUCCUGGAGCAGAUCGUUGCCGACAGGCAAGAAAAAUUGGAUUGCAAGGACUGGGCAAACAUAGCGGCAUUGUGGGAUCUGGCUAAAGUGUAUCGCCACUCUAGCAGGCUACGAGAGUCCGACAGAAUUUUCGGCUUGAUCUUAAAACUGCUUCCGGAAUGCCCUGACAAAACCAAAGUCAUCAGGCACAAUUUAAACAUCCAAUUCGACUGGCUAGAGUUGCUUAUUGUUCAAGCAGGAUACUUGCAAGCCAAGAUGUUGCUAGAAACCAUUAUGAAAAUAGCAAAGCCACAGGGGUGGACAUCUAAAUGGUACCACCGCGGCUUGGCAUCAUUAGCAACUAUCCUACGAAUGGAAGGCGAUACGGAGACGGCUGUCGCCCUGGAGAUGGAAGUUUACGAACACUGCAUCCACGACGACAAAAUCGAACCGGGUCACCGCAACAUGAUGACCUCAAUGAACAAUCUUGCAGCAUUGCAUUCGGAAUGGGGGAUGCAUGAGGAAGCGCACCAACUCUGGUGUCAUUUUCUGAGCAAUGAAGAACGCCUCAGAGGCAAAGAGAACCCAAUCACCCUGCAGUCGAAGCGAAACGUCGCCACGGGCUGUGCAAAUUUGAACCGUCUUAAGGAGGCCGAGGAAAUCUUACGCGAGGUUCUAGAGGUCAGCGAAAGGGUUCUUUGGAGGACGCAUCUUGAUACGCUGGCAACAAUGGAUCAGCUGGCGGGCGUUUUGGCCCGGCGCGGUGAGACGGAGGAGGCCACUCGGCUUUGGGAGGAAUGCCUCGAAAGUUGGGUGGGUAAUCUUGACAAGCACCAUCCUCUUAUAAUGAGGACGACGAAAGUGUUAAAGAGAUUAAAGGAUGAUGGUGCUGUUCUCGGGCUGGAGGACUUUCAGGCUGGUGGAAUCAUGCGUCCAAGUGGAUGGAGAUUUUAUUCUGUCAAGUUGGAGUUGGAAUUCGACACGCCUGUACUCAAGGAGAUUGCCGCCAAAACCUCCGACCCGAAACUUCAUCACCGCCAACACGGCAUUAUGCGAUCUGCUUCAAUCCUGAGGAUGGCCUCGGCCUCCGUCUCAAAGGGCAAUGGCCUGAGGCCAACGCCGAUGGCCCUCUUGCCCCCUAUUCCGCUUUACCGUCGUCUUCUGCGCGCACACCGCAAGCAUCUUCCUUCCGAGAUGCGGGUGCUGGGUGAUGAGUACAUCAAGGCCGAGUUUCGUGCUCAUCGCACAGUAGAUAACCCGGCGCACCUGAUCGGUUUCUUGACCGAAUGGCAAUUAUACGCGCAAAAGAUUGAGGGCAACUCGUGGGUUGGCGAGAAGAUUGACCCCGUUAAGGUUGCCAAGAUGAGUGACGAACAAAUCGGCCAGCUUUAUGAGCUGAUGCAGGCGAUCAAAGAACGGCGUGAGUCAGGAGAGGGCGAGGAUCAAUCAUGA